AAGAUAUAUUUCAUGUUACCUGCACUACUUCACUCCGCAUUCCCACACCUCCGUAUGCGCCGACAAUGUCAUCAAGCAGCUUUGCCGCUGCUCAAGAGCGUAUCUUAGCACGGCAGGCUGCCCGACAACAAGACGCUCGUGCGGCCCGUCCACACGCAGAAACCUCUACCUCGCGAAGCCCUCUUACGCGAAUUACUCACUCGUUACGCCCUGAACUGUCGUCGUUUUGGUCCACCCUGUUGGAGUCUGAGGGGACCAGGCCAGCGUUUCGGGUCGGUCAGGUUGAUGCUGAAUUGCUGGACGAAGAAUUACUGGGCCUUUUAAAGACGCAGGUCGGAGAUGCCUUCAAAUACCUCGGACCACAUCUGCAGGACGACUGGUCGCAAGAGAUCCUGCUCGCUCUUCGGGCCGUCUUAUUCAAACUUUCCAUAUGGGACAAUGACGCAUCGUACGGUGCAUCACUUCAGAAUCUUCGAUACACAGAUGCGCGGCGUUCUAGUCUCGCUCUCCCCAAACCUACCGUGUGGCAGAAGACGAUAUACGGAUUGAUCACAGUCUUCGGACGAUAUGGGUGGGACAAAUGGGAAGAGUGGCUCAUUGACCAGGAACGAGGAUACACGGCACCCUCAGAGACAAUCCAAAAGCUGAUGCGACUGACAUCGUUCGCAUCCACCACUCACUCGAUUGCGGCCUUCUGCUCCUUUCUGGUUUUCCUGGUCAAUGGACGAUAUCGCACUCUCACCGACCGCCUGCUACGAUUGCGGCUGGUUCCCCCUUCCAACCAAGUUAGUCGAGAGGUCUCAUUCGAGUACCUGAAUCGGCAGUUGGUCUGGCAUGCAUUCACUGAGUUCCUGUUGUUUCUCCUGCCACUAGUCGGGAUCAGUCGAUGGCGAAGAUGGUUGGCAAGAGCGUGGAAGAAGACCAAGGAUGCAAUGAGGUCGGAAGUUACGGAGGACGAGGAAGAGAAGAUAAAGACAGGACCUCUCGCGUUCCUUCCGGAAAGGACUUGUCCUAUUUGUUACCAAGAUCAGAAUCCAACAUCGACAUCCGAGGCUGAAAUUCUAGGGGCCAAUGCUGGAGCAGGCGGAGGCGUCAUCGGCUCGGCCACCACUGAUGUUGUGAAUCCUUACGAGACUAUUCCAUGCGGCUGCAUAUAUUGUUUCGUUUGUCUGGCCACCAAAAUCGAAGCUGAGGAAGGGGGUGGGUGGUCUUGCCUACGGUGUGGCGAGAUAGUCUACAAGUGUAAACCUUGGAAUGGUGAUAUUGUUGUUCAGAAGAAGGCCGGGAUGAAGAACGGGAAGUCGGUCGGAUUCCGUACUGAUGAAGAGACGAGUGAAACCACUGAAGACGGACCUCCUGCCGAUGCUACAGAAAUGGCCGAAUCAACUCUCACCUCGAGCGAAUGGUCAAUGCCGGAUGCAGAACCUCCAAGCGAAUGAAUGCGGAUCCGCCCACGGUUGAAGAAUUUCGAGCAACGGUCUUGACCAGAGUAGUGGCACGCUACAGCUACACGCUACACGAUAAACUGGAAUGACUUCGCCUGACUCCGCUUCGAGCUCGAGGUCAAGCUCGAGGACACACCUCGAGUUUGGUGGGGUUGUACAUCGGUCUCCGCGGCUUCCCCUAAGUGAACGUUCUGCCUUUGGCAACCAUGUUCUCAAAGGUCUCCUUAUCGUGCCCCGGGAUGAUUUGGCCUUUAGUCGUUCUUUCCAGCUGCUUCAAGCGUUGAGUGCUUUGGAACCAUGCUGGAUGAUCUCUUGCGAGCCAACCCUGUGGGAUACCAUCGCGCCACUAAGAAGCGUCAGUCUCGACGCAUGAGGUUCUGAUGGGGGUGCUUACAUUCUCAAUGACAUGGCAGUGG